UAAACACUUUUUUAAUCAUUUUAGAUCAUAGUAAAAAUGUUAUCAAAACUAUGUUUAGUUCGCAGUACACUGCAUACCUUAGUUAAACAAGCGACAAGAUCAAUGUCCGGUUUAUCCUUUGAGCUUAACGAUGAACAAAAAGGCAUUGAAGACUUGUCCCGCAAAUUUGCGAGAGAGGAGAUUUUGCCAGUUGCUGCUGAGCAUGACAAGACUGGGGAGUUUCCCUGGGAUAUUGUAAAAAAAGCUCAUGCUGUGGGUUUAAUGAAUGGUGCCAUUCCAGUUGAAUAUGGUGGAAUGGGCAUUGAUAGUGUCAGCUCUUGUAUUAUUGAAGAAGAAUUUGCAUAUGCAUGCACUGGUAUAGGUGUAGCUAUCGAAGCGAAUGGUCUUGCUUGUGCACCUGUUAAUAUUGCUGCUAAUGAUGAGCAAAAGAAGGAGUAUUUUGGUAGAUUGAUCUCGGAACCUUUAUUGGCGGCAUAUUGUGUGACAGAACCGGGUGCAGGAUCUGAUGUAAGCGGUAUUAAAACAAAAGCUGUUCAACAUGGAGAUGAGUGGGUUCUCAAUGGCAACAAAAUGUGGAUUACUGGAGGUGGACUAGCCAACUGGUACUUUGUAUUAGCAAGGACAGAUCCAGAUCCAAAAGCUAAAGCUGGACAAGCUUUUACAGGCUUUAUUGUUGAUGCAGAUUUGCCUGGAAUUAUUAAAGGAAGAAAGGAAUGGAACAUGGGACAACGAGCAUCGGAUACUCGUGGGAUUACCUUUGAAGACGUGCGUGUAUCUAAGAAGAAUGUAUUGGGCAAAGUUGGAGAAGGUUUUAAAUACGCUAUGGGAGCAUUUGAUAAAACUAGACCAGGAGUUGCAGCGUCAGCUGUUGGUCUCUCCCAUAGAGCACUCGAUGAAGCAGCAAAAUAUUCCAUGGAAAGAAAGACAUUUGGCACUCAAAUAGCUAAUCAUCAAGCUAUUCAAUUUAUGUUAGCUGAUAUGGCUGCUGGUACUGAACUUGCUAGGUUGAUGGUGCGAAGAUCAGCUUGGGAGCUGGAUCAGGGUCGACGAAACACAUAUUACGCUUCUAUUGCAAAAUCAUAUGCAUCAGAUGUUGCCAACAAAAAUGCGACCGACUGUGUUCAGAUAUUUGGAGGUAAUGGGUAUAAUUCAGAGUAUCCAGCAGAAAAACUUAUGAGAGAUGCAAAAAUUUACCAGAUCUAUGAAGGGACGUCACAGAUUCAACGAUUGAUAAUUUGUCGUGAAUUUUUUGAUAAACUUAUGAAAGGAUGAAUUUCAUUUUGUAAAUAUAAAUUUUGGAUCUGGUGUGAAUUAAUGUGAUAUAUUAUUAGUUUUUUGUUUAAAUUUAAUAAAUAAUUUGUUUGCUAUAA